UGGCUUUGCUGGUAUCCAAGUGAGGACGUGAUUUUUGGUGAACGCGUCGCUCCAUCGCGCAGAGCGGAGAGCAGAAAGCGAACAGGAGCUUUCACCGCGACAACCACGGCCAGGUUAGAGAGUCACCUCAUCGCUGCUUGACUGAAACAAACAUCGGAUACUUUACGAAGCAAUGGCGCAGAGAAAGAAUUCCAAAAACCCCUCAAAAAAAGAGGGGAAGACGGUGCCGGUGGAGAGCAAAAAUGGAAAGAGGACAGAGGGAGGAGGCGGAGGAGAUGCAGGUGGAGGCCCAAAGUACUCUGUGUUCACCUGGUUUGUGGUCCUGGGUCUGCUGGGAGUCUGGAGCUCUGUGGCCGUGGUCUACUUCGACAUCGUUGACUACGACACCGUCAUCGGUAAACUGACGGCCUACGACACAGACGGAGAUGGAGACUUUGACGUGGAGGACGCCAAAGUUCUGCUCGGACUGAAAGAAGCAAAGAGGCUGCAUGUAGGAGACACACCUGAGAGGCAAACAGUGUUAAAAACUGAAGAAACCAUCAAGCCUGCGGCUGAAACACCCAAUCAGCAAGCUGCAGUGCCGCGAGCCACGGAGCCAACAGAGGCCGCGCCUUCCGUGACUCCGCCCAGGGAGAGCGAAUCAGCUUCUGGAUCUCAGGAUGUGGAGUCUGAAAUCCAAGCUGCUGUGCCCCUCCCUCCACCAGCGGAAGACUUUGUACCAGAUGAUCCUCAGGAAAGCAUAAGUCCUUACGGCGAUGAAGCCAACACGAUUGACACCACUGGAGUUCUGCUGGCCGAGCCUCAGACUGAGGAGAGCGCAGGGGAGUCUGCAGAAUACCUGACGAGCUCCAAGCUGACACAGGAAGCAGAGCUGGUCGUAGAAGCAGAGAAGCAGCCUGAAGCAGCAGACGUGGAUCCACAGAGUGAGACGCCCAAACAGACGGAGGCCGAGGGAACCUCAGAGAAACAGGCCGAGGACAAGCUGAAAGAAAAAGCAAAGAAGAAGAAACCAAAAUUACUGAACAAGUUUGAUAAAACCAUCAAAGCAGAAAUCGAUGCUGCAGAGAAGCUUCGCAAGAAGGGGAAGCCGGACGAGGCGCUGAAAGCGUUUGAGAGGCUGGUGCAGCAGUACCCGCAGAGCCCCCGUGCCCGCUACGGAAAAGCCCAGGCAGAGGACGACAUGGCCGAGAAGCUGCGCAGUAACGAUAUGCUUCAGAGGGCCAUCAACACCUACAGGGAGGCCGCUGAGCUUCCUGACGUGACCUCUGACCUGCUGAGAGCCACGCUGAAAAGACGAGCUGAGAGGCAGCAGUUCCUGGGUCGGAUGCGAGGAUCUCUGGCGACCUUGGAAAGGCUGGUUCAGCUCUUUCCUGAAGACAUCGGCCUGAAGAACGACCUGGGCGUCGCCCAUCUGUUGCUAGGUGACAACAAGGGGGCCAAGAAGAUCUACGAAGAGGUUCUGGGAGUCGCGCCUGACAACGGCUUCGCUAAAGUUCACUACGGAUUCAUCCUGAAGUCAGAAAAUAAGAUCGCAGAGAGCAUACCGUACCUGAAGGAGGGUUUGGAGUCAGGUGAGCCGGGAACAGACGACGGGCGCUUUUAUUUCCACCUCGGAGACGCUCUGCAGCGCGUCGGAGACAACAGCGCGUACGACUGGUACGAACUGGGUCACAAACGGGGCCACUUUGCAUCGCUGUGGCAGCGAUCGCUCUACAACGUGAACGGCCUGAAGGCUCAGCCCUGGUGGACGGCCAAAGAGACCGGAUACACGGACCUGGUGAAGGUGCUGGAGAGGAACUGGAAGACCAUCAGGGAUGAGGCUCUGGCUGUGUUGGACCAAAACACCGGACACUUUGUACCCGAGGAGGAAAACCUGAGGGAGAAAGGAGACUGGGGCCAGUACACGCUCUGGCAACAAGGGAGAAAAGUUGGAAACGCCUGUCAGGGCGUCCCGAAAACCUGCGCACUGCUGGAGAGGUUCCCUGAAGCUACGGGCUGCAAGCGAGGACAGAUUAAGUUCUCGGUGAUGCAGCCCGGCACUCAUGUGUGGCCGCACACCGGGCCGACCAAUUGCCGGCUGAGGAUGCACCUCGGCCUCGUCAUCCCCAAACGUGGUUGCAAGAUCCGCUGCACCAACGAGACGCGGGAGUGGGAGGAAGGUAAAGUCCUUAUCUUCGACGACUCCUUCGAGCACGAGGUUUGGCAGGAAGCCGAGAGUUACCGCCUCAUCUUCAUCGUGGACGUGUGGCACCCGGAGCUAACGCAGCACCAGCGCCAGACUCUGAGCCCGAUUUAGACCGGCCAGAACCGGCAGGCGGCGGCGGGAGGGCGAAUCGCAGGAGAGGACGGAGGCGGGGUUUCGUCUUCUUCUGUGGUUCAAACAGCUGCAAACACUGACAGUCUGAGUGUGAGCCGGGCUGAGGUGUGGUUUCUGUUUGUUCGCGUGUGGAUAAACUACUAAAGACGGUCGAAGGACCAAACAUCAGCCUGAGGGAUGGACGCGUCGUUGUUCGGGGUCAUACUACUGACUGCCAUCAAACUGAACUCAUACGGUACUCGAUUAAACCGGAAUGGACCGGAUCGCCGCAGCGUUACAGAUCGUUCUACUCUGAAGAAAGACAUGAAACUAAGAGUGUGUGUGUGCGUGUGUGUGUGUGUGUGUGUGUGUUGUUAGGUGUAAAUCGCUAAACUUAAAACACUAAAACGUCCGUCGAGUGGAUUCAAAGUAGCUCUGUAACAGCGUGAAACAAGAAGCCUUAACUUUAGCUCAACCACUAUGCAUUUUAUUUUCCAUCCAGGCGGGUUUUUAAUUUCACUCUUUCAUCACUUUUGCACAAUAACACGGUCACGCGGGGUGUCACAGAAGAGGAUUUAUAUUUGUAUUAAAAAUAAAAUCAAUAAAAAACAUAAACAAG